CCCGAGGGAACACCCGCGGGUGCCGCCGCCUCACCAGCGGGUCCCAUAAAGGGGGUCGGCGCCGGGCGGGUGGUGGAGGGCAGGAUGGAGCCGUGGAGAGCGCUGCCGCCGCUGCUGCUGGCGCUGGCGCUGGCCAGGGCCACCACGCCGGGGCCCAAGGAGUCCACGCCGGGGCCGGAGGGGUCCCCGCCGGGGCCGCCGGGCUCCGUGCCGCCGGGGCUCCGGGCCGUCGGCUACGAGGAGGCGGUGGCGGCGGCCGUGGAGCUGCUCAACCUCAGGGCCGCCAGCCCCUACGUCCUGCGGCUCCGGGACGCCCUGCCCCGGCCCGGCUGGCCCGGGGACCUGCGGCGGCGGCUGGAGCUGAGCUUCACCGUGGAGGAGACGUCGUGCCGGGCGCCGGGGCCGCUCACCGCCGCCUGCAAGAGCGGCUGGCUCAGGGCGGUGAGAUGGUGCCGGGGAUGGGCGUUCCUGGAGCAGCAGCAGCCCACGGUGCAGCUCUCCUGCGACAACGUGCCCAUCGCGUUCGGCCGCACCGGGACGUCGCGACUGAGCAGCAUCAUCAGCAGCAUCAGGGAGCGUUUCCGCAGCUUCAUCCAGUGCGGCAAGAUCUGGAUCCGCGACAGGCUCCCGCUCCAACAGCCCAGCCCCUGAGCGGGUGACACCGCGCGCGUGUGUGUCCCCGUGUCCCCGCCGCCCCCCGCACCCCUCCGCCCCCCGCCCGGGCGCUCUGCUUGCAAUAAACAUCCCCGAAAGGCUG